CAUAUAUAUAACAUUUUUUUUUGUAAUGUUCCGGAUAACGAGCACGGACCAUGUCGAACCACGUGCAGCAUAAUCACCUGGCAGAGCGUAGAGCCGCAUCGCUUACAGCCAGGAAAUUGUAUGGAUCUGGGGGUCGCAGCUCCAGCGGCAAUUGGAUGAAGUUGCCGAUGCUGAUGAGGCUGCUCCUGCAGUUGCUAUUCCUGCAUGCAAUUAAGCCAGGGACGAGAGCGAGGCACAACUUGCCACUCUGUGUGUCCCAAAACUGCAAGCUGACCAUGCAAAUUACGUUGCCCACACUCAUACUUGCACACGCCCUGCUACACACACGCAUUCCUGUCGCCUCGUUUGGGGGCCUGCGGGGCUUCCCCGGCAUUUGAGUGAUGCACCAAGUCGAGGAAGCGGAGAAGGAGGCCAGCUAGCUGGAACCCCACUACCGCUGCCACUACCACUACUACUACUAACUGCCACUGCCAAAGCUAAGUUAAAUGGACCUGCGGUGCACUCGAGCAGCCAGGACGCAAACUACAGUGGAUACCGCUUU